AUGGACACAGUGUCCUAUGAUGAUGUGCACAUCGACUUCACUCAGGAAGAGUGGGCUUUGCUGAAUCCUUCCCAGAAAAGUCUCUACAAGGGUGUGAUGCUAGACACCUACAGGAACCUCUCUGUCAUAGGCUACAGUUGGGAUGACCAUAAUUUUGAUGAACACUGUGAAAGUUCUAGAAGAAAUAGAAGGAAUGAGCCAAGCCAUACAGGAGAGAAACCCUGUACACAGAACCAAUGUCACUGCACAGGAGACUCAAGCAGAUCCCUCCCAUCUGACUGA